AUGUCAUAUAAGUGGUGGCGGUGAUGACUGUCGUAUAGCACUAGCCUUCUCCAUAAUGAGAACAUUGUACCCACGGUUUUUAAGCGUGGACACCACUGUUGCUGCUCAGUUGCAAUUCCAUUGAUUCAUAAUUAUUCUAAUUUGGAGAAUUGUGUAGUUAGGCUAUAUAGCUUGAUGCCUGUGUCAACAUUUCAAUUAAUUUUGUCAUUGUGGCUGAACAUAUGAAGAACUGACGUCACACACUUCAAGAUACUACACAGUCUGCGCUCCUGACUACAGCAGUGUAGUCGUAGCCGUUUCGUGCCAGACACCGUUCUUCAAGUCUUUCAAGCCGUUCGCCAGUUCUGAUUGGAAUAUACACGUUAUUCAAGGUUCUCAAACAAAAUGAUGGCCUUAACCACAACUCCUUUGUAUCCUGAGAUUUGGACAGAGCUGUCUCACAACGACUCAUCGCCAGGCAACUCGACAGAUGACUAUGAGGACUACCCUGACGAGCACGCAGAGCUCCGGAAGUCCCUCAACAUCAUGUCCCUCAUCAUUUACUGCCUGGCCUUUGUGCUGGGGGUUCUGGGAAAUGGACUUGUCAUCUGGGUGACGGGAUUUAAGAUGAAGAAGACGGUCAACACGGUGUGGUUCCUCAACCUGGCUGUGGCCGACUUCCUUUUCACAGCGUUCCUGCCUCUAAGCGUAACCUACACAGCCAUGGACUUUCACUGGCCCUUCGGCAAGUUCAUGUGCAAGCUCAACUCCACGAUCAGCUUCUUCAACAUGUUCGCCAGCGUUUACAUCCUGGUGGUCAUCAGCAUGGACAGGUGUGUGUCCGUGGUGCGCCCUGUCUGGGCCCAGAACCAUCGGAACAUACGCAAGGCAUCCUGUAUCAGUCUGGGUGUCUGGCUGUGGGCCCUGGUCCUCAGCUCCCCCUACUUUGUCUUCCGGGACAUCGGGGGGUCCUACAAGAACGAAGAAAUCAUCAACUGCUUCAACAACUUUGCUUUCUCCGAUGACUAUGACACAAAGGAGGUGGCAGAGCUGCGAGUGUUCCGCCAUCAGGCCAUGAUCGUCACCCGCUUCCUGCUGGGCUUUGUGGUGCCCUUCGCCAUCAUCGUCACUUGCUACGCCGUCAUCAUCCACCGGCUCAAGAGGAACCGCAACCUGGCCAGCCACUCCGGGCGGCCAUUCAAGAUCAUCGCCGCCGUCAUCACAGCUUUCUUCCUGUGCUGGGCCCCCUACCACAUCAUGGUCCUGAUCGAGAUGGUGAACAACGCGGCCGCUGAGUUCAGCUACACGUUAGACCACGUCACCACCAUCGGGGUCCCCAUAGCCACCAGCCUGGCCUUCCUCAACAGCUGUCUGAACCCCCUGCUGUACGUGUUCAUGGGCCAGGACUUCAAGGAUAAGCUGCGCAAGUCCAUUCUGACGGUUCUGGAAAGUGCCUUCACCGAGGAAGUGUCAAGGUCCAACCACACCUACACAAACUCUGGACUCACAAGCCGUAGCAAGGAGAAGUCCUAUUCUGAUCCUGAGGUAUAGGGUCUUAUAUUAUAAUGAGAAAAACGUUAUUGACCACACAAUGUGGAAAUUUGACUUUGGCUUUACGAUAACAUGAAUGACAUCCUUCAAAGCAAAGAAAAUACAAACAUUAGAAGCACCUUAUCAUCAAGGUAAUUCAAUAAUGUUUUCAAACAGCUCGAUACUUAGUUUAAGGGAAAGUUUAAGGCAGGAUUUUAGAAUUUGAACGCUGAGCAUGUACUCAGUUUUAACAAGGUACAUCUCCAGGACUGAAUUCAAAUCAACAAGUUUGAUUUCAAUAACCUUUUGUGACUCAGAAAAUGAUGGGGUCUGUGAACACAUUUCAGCACUGUUUUUGUAUGGGCAAUACAGUUACUAAUGAGAAUGUUGAACGUGGGGUAGACUGUUAAUAGAGAAUACUGGAUAAGAUAAGAAUAAUUUGUAUGAAACACACAUGUCAUUGUUCAAGCUGAAGAUAUAAAUUGUCUGUCUUUUCAUUCAAAGCCACUUUUUUUACAUACUUGUUUUUGUUAAAAUGAGGCUAAUAUUUAACAAAGUGACUAUUAUCUGUGAUUUAAACGUGUAUUGUUUUAUUGAAGGAAUGUUGUUUUUCCUUAAUACAUUGAUGUUUGUAUUUGUAAACUUUUUUAUGUUUGUAUGAUGUUAUUAAAUGCUUGAAUAGA